AAGAAGCCGCACUGAACCCUACUUCACUUUUUUGAUUUAUUACUUGUAAGUAAAAAAAAAAAAAAAAAAAAAAAAUGAAUCGCUGCACGUUUCCAGCAUGUGUGCCCUGCAUAUGUUUAGUCCUGACUGCGUUAGUGAUUGCCACUACUGGAAAGACCUUGGAGAACUGAUUUGAGCGAGCGGUGAGUGCUAUGGAUGCGACUUCGGAUCCGAUCUCGCUGACAUCAGCGCUUUACGAUGGAGGUGAUGCUGAGGAAGGGAACGAGACCUCCGCCAACCUGUUCGCGCAGCCCGCAUGGCAGGUGGCUCUGUGGGCGCUCGCGUACUCUCUGGUGGUGCUGGUGUCUGUGGCGGGAAACGUCACCGUCAUCUGGAUCAUCGUUGCGCACAGACGCAUGAGGACGGUCACCAACUACUUCAUCGUGAACCUGGCCUUCUCGGACGCCUCCAUGGCCACCUUUAACACUGUAUUCAAUUUCGUUUACGCGCUGCACAACGACUGGUACUUUGGUCUGGGCUACUGCAAAUUUCAGAACUUUAUCCCUAUCACUGCUGUCUUCUCCAGCAUCUACUCUAUGGCUGCUAUCGCUGUGGACAGAUAUAUGGCCAUUAUUCAUCCUUUGAGGUCCAGACUGUCGUCUACCACCACCAAAGUAGUGAUUGGUGUUAUCUGGGUUGUAGCUUUCUCCUUGGCCUUCCCUCAGUGUUUCUACUCAAGCACAAAGGUCUACUCUCACCGUACAGUCUGCAUGGUGGAAUGGCCUGAUGACUAUGGCGGAAAGCACCAGCUCACGUACCAAAUAGCUGUCAUUAUCCUGAUCUACUUGCUCCCCCUGCUGGUGAUGCUAGUGACCUACAGUAUGGUGGGCCAACGUCUGUGGGGCAGCAAGAUCCCAGGAGAGGCCUCAGACCACUACCAGAACCAGAUUCAGGCCAAGCGUAAGGUUGUGAAAAUGAUGAUCGUUGUGGUGACCACCUUUGCUAUAUGCUGGCUUCCCUAUCAUAUCUACUUCAUCUUGGGCAGCUUCAAGAAGGAUAUAUACAAUCAGCAUUACAUCCAACAGGUCUAUUUGGCCAUCUUCUGGUUAGCUAUGAGUUCUACCAUGUACAACCCCAUCAUAUACUGCUGCCUGAAUCAAAGAUUCCGGUCAGGUUUCCGGCGAGCAUUCCGCUGGUGCCCGUUCAUCAGGGUCUCAGAGGAAGAUGACAUGGAACUACGGCACAUGAGAACCUUCCGGACGACACGCAGCUGUAGAACAGAGACCGCCAGUGUCAGGGUGCGGAACUAUGUCACUGCCCCAGAGGAGGUCAUGUCCGAGCUCAUUAAAUCCUAGAUUCACUUAACUUGAAGGCAGAUAACAAAGGCCAUGAAAAAGAAAUGCAUUCAGCACAGUCACAAUAACUCCAGAUACCUCACAGAGAAGCUUUUUACACAACAGUUUAAUAUGGAUGUUAUUCCAGUGGAUUAGACGUGUACUUCCAAAGCUUGAGCACUAAUCUUAUUUGUUGCUGCUGUAUAUUUGGGCUGAUUAGUUGGUUGUAUGUGUUUUAGUAAACAUUCUGUGACGUGUAAGAAACCGUAAACUCUAAAUACUACCUAGUACUGUCAAAAUAAAUAUCUCACUAUAAAAUAUAUUGUUGUAAAUUUAAGAAUUGCACUAGACAUAAGAUCUCUUUGUAGUAAUGUUACAAUUUAGGCUAGAAGUCAUAAGAAAUGUAAACUAAUAGACAAAAGCGGAAAAUGUUCAGAAAACAAGCCCAGCUUGAUCAAAGUGAUAGAAUAAAUCUCUUGCGUGAAUUAUAUGACUAUUAUUUAUGACUAAAUGUGCAUAAAUUUUGCUGUUUGGCUCUGUCCCUCACCAUAUUUCAUUUGGAAAGAAAUAAACCAAUUAUAUUGUGUAGGUAAUCAGAAGGUGCCUGUUUAUUGUGAGGAUUUGGUAAACUUUUCAAAUUUUAUUCAUUUUUAAUUAAAAUUCAUUUUCAAUCUGAA